AUGCGAAUUUUCGUUUUUCUGGCGUUGAUAUCGACAGCUGAUGCUGCUCGGAAACGUGGGGUUCGUUUUUUAUUUUAUUGAGUCAACCGUUUUUUUGUCUAAUUCAAACAUUCUCUAGCCUCCACAAGUUUCCGAGCCUGUCGUUGUGGUUGGCGGAGGUCUUGCCGGAUUAUCUGCGGCUCUCGAAGUCUUAGAUUCCGGAUCUAAGGUUGUUCUUAUCGAGUCUCAAGCCAACACCGGUGGAAACUCGGCAAAAGCCAGCAGUGGUUAGUGGAAAUUCACAGACUAUUUCACUAUUUGUGCAGAAAUCUCUGCUGAUGCUCUCAAAGAUUUAAAAAUAGUCCGAAAUAGUUUUUUUUUUUGGAAUUGUCAUCAUGUAUUUUUAUUUUCCUUUGAACACCAAGAGAAAGACUUUCUCAAAAUUAUUUGUUCAUUGAAGUAAAUAUUUCAGGUAUCAAUGCAUGCGCAACGGCCGCGCAGAAAAAAUUGAAGAUCCGAGAUUCUUUCGAUUUGUUUUACUCAGAUACUCUGAAUGCCGGUGAUCGACAAAACGAUGUAGAGCUUGUCGAUGUUUUGGUAAGAAUUUCAGUUUUUGUGAAAACUCAUGGAACAAGAUUUUUUCUGAAUUAUCACUUCUUUCCAGGUGCAUAGUUCAACAGAUGCAAUCAAAUUUUUGGAAGAAAGCGGCGUUGAUUUGGGCGACGUUAAUCUUUGCGGAGGACAUUCUACUCCCCGUACUCAUUGGUACAGUUUUCUUCGUUCAUUUAUUGAAUUUCGCACAGUUUUCUACUCAAACCGUGAUAAAAAAAAAGACGAUACAAUAAUUAUUAGACUUUAAAGAAACAUUUUUUUCGGGCAUACAUUUAAAUCUAAGAAAAAAAUUUUUGGUAGAAGGAUAAGUGUAAAGACUUUAAUAAAAAAAUUUUUUUCUUUCAUUUUUUUCUCUUGCAGGGUUCCUUCACCAAAAGAAGGAAAACCAAUCCCAGUCGGCUUCGAAAUCAUGAAGAAGCUGCGUGCCCGACUUGACGCGAUUCAGAUCGACCGACCAGAAGACGUGACCAUUUUGAACGGAACUUCGAUGACUGGUCUUGUCUCUUGGAACGAAUACAUGACCGGUGUCAACGUCCUUCUGCCCAGCGGAAAAUCUCGUUUGUAUAACCUUUUUUGCAUAGAAAAGCGAAAAACUUUCAGAGGAAGUUGCUGGCAAGGCUGUGAUUUUGGCCACUGGAGGUUUCGCUUCUGACAAAAGCGACGACAGUCUUUUGAUCGAAUUCGCUCCCGAAACGGUUAAUAUGAUUUCGGUUUUCAAACACACAUUUUUGCACUACUAGAAAAUCUUUGUAUUUUUAGCGCUUCUGAAAAAUUAUUCGCAAAUGAUUAUGAGUACUAGUUCGAAGAAAAUCAUUUUGAAAACGUUAUCUGCUGCUUGCUUUUUACCGAACAUCUCUUUCCAGAUUAAAUUUCCUACGACAAACGGAGCAUUCGCUAAAGGAGACGGUGUAAAGAUGGCGCGAGCAAUGGGUGCCGCAGUUGUCGGAAUGGAAAAUGUCCAGAUUCAUCCGACCGCUUUUGUCGAUCCAGCCGACCCCAAAGCUAACACAAAGUUUCUCGCUGCCGAAGCUCUUCGAGGAAAAGGAGCCAUCAUGGUUAUUUUUCACUCAAACAUAAUCCAGAAGUCAUUUGCUCGAUUUAUAUGAAAGUUUCACUGCAACUAGCUUCAAUUUUUGAAAUUCAUGCUUUUUUUCCUUGUACUAAAGACUGUUACGUGAGUUUUUGGUUUGAGAGUAGAAUAACAUUUUUUUGUAAUUGAAGAUUUUUAUUAAAGCCGGAAACUGUGCAAAUUUUAUUUUGUAGUUGCUGAAAAAAUUUAAUUUAUGUUAAUUCAUCCCUUAUUCAGAUCAACAUGGACGGAAAGAGAUUUGCAAACGAGUUGGGUCGACGCGAUUAUCUCUCUGCCAGAAUCACAAAGGGAUGCAAGCCGAUCGAUGAGUUCCAGGUUGGUAAGGGCAAUUCAAAAUUUUCCAACAAAAGCGCAGCGCAAAAUAUCAAACAUUUUAAUCAAUGCAAGUUAACGUCUGUGAGGGCCUGGCGGUCAGAAAAUUUGAAAAUAAAAAAAGCUUAAAAGUGUUUUAUAAUCAAAAAGCAAAAACCGAGAUUUCGGACAUUUUUUUCGCCUCUUCUUUUUUUGAUUUAUUUUUUUGAAAUCAGUUUGAAAAAUAGCCGGCCGACCCCAUGAGACUUUUUUUGAGCAUGAUUUAACUUUCUAUUAUAACUAGUUUUUUUAAUUUUAGGGCGGUUCGGGUGGACACAGUGCGGCCAUUAUGUUGAUGAAUGAUGAAGCCGCGGAUUCUUUCGGACGGCCAGCUUUCAACUUUUAUCAUCUCGUCAAAAAGUUCUUCAAGGUUUCUAUUUUGUUCUGAACUUUUAUUCACUUUUUUUUUUAGAAGUACGACAACUUGGCUGCCUUUGCCAAAGCAGCUAAUAUUGAUGAGAAAACCAUCGAAACCACGAUUAACGAAUACAACGAGCUUGUCGGGUCCGACGACAAAAAUGUGCAUGUGAGUAUAAUUUUUUGUUUCCAAAUUAAGAAAUUCUCCUACAGGACGAUUUCUCGAAGACGGUGUUCCCGGUCAAUUUUGUCGCCGAUCAGCCAAUUUACGCCGCAAUUGUGACCCCGGCUAUUCACUACACAAUGGGAGGGCUGAAGAUUGAUUCUCAGGUACUGAAUUUGGGAAAAAUUGAGAAGGAAAAAAAAAUGUGUUCAGGGCCGUGUGUUCAACGAUUUGAGAAAGGAGCCGUUCAAAGGUCUCUUUGCUGCUGGAGAAGUUGCUGGUAAGAUUUUCAGUCGGUCGGCCUGAAAUUUCAGCUGAGAAUGAGUUGAAAGUCUGAAAACUUUGCCCGGCCUCCUCAGAGGAGCUGUGAAUUCAAGGAAAUUUUGGAAUGUUCAAAUUUGAAUUAAGGCGGAGUCCACGGAUCAAACCGUCUUGCUGGAAAUUCUCUGCUGGAAUGCGUCGUUUUCGGAAGAAUCGCCGGAAAGAACGCCGCUCGCACCAAAUACGACAAGACUGAACUUUAG